AUGAAAACAAGAACGAGUUUAAUCAUUAUGCGAAUCAUUAUGUUCUAUCUGUUGAGCGUUGUUGGACGAUCAGCAGCGGCAAUAGAAGAAGCACCUUCCUCGUCUUUGUACAUUCCACGAUUGCAUUCGUUAUUGAACAAGAUGGAAUAUAAUGAAGAACCUAUGAAAAGGGCAUACAUUGCCGAAUACAAGAGACUACCCCUUUAUACCUUCGGCAUCGGAAAGCGAUGGAUUGACAAUAAUGAAGAUAAACGGACCCGGCAAUUCUCGUUCGGUAUUGGCAAACGUCUCCGAAACUAUGGUUUCGGUAUUGGAAAGCGCAACAAUGAAUAUCAUCCCUUGAAUUUGGACUACUUCCCGAUCGACGACAUGGGAAAGUAUCAAUCUCCCGAGGACAACACGAACGAUUUUAUAGAAGACAAACGCGGUAACCAUCAAUACGGCUUUGGAAUCGGAAAACGAGUUUGGAAAUUGGCGACUGGAGAAACUGUAUCUGGAAAACUAAACGAUGUUAUAGUCCCAAAAUACUUAUUCGGUACUUUGGGCAAUGAAGUAGAUGAAGAGAACAAGGAUUUGAGUCAGUAAUGCGUUCCUCAAGGGCACGAAUUUAUAUUAUCUUCCUCAUUCACUUUAACUUCUAGCUGGCUAAUUCUAGAAGAAAUAUCAGAUUUAUUUGUUUCCAAAAAUAUUUUUGUAAAAUGCAAUAA